AUGGAGGGGGAAGUGAAUACGAUAAGGAGGCUAGAUACAGUAGAAGCGGUAAAGAGGCUCGCGGCUGUGGAUCAGGCAGUGAGGCUUGACUCACAUGAAUCGCCUGAAUCACCUGACGAAUCACCUGAAGGAUCAUCUGGGACGCCCAAGAAGGCACCUGCAUCGCCUCAGAAGCUACCUCCGUUGCUGCAAAGGGCAGCUGGUGAGGAGGAGGAGCGGACAGUAAUGGAAGGGGGCGCUCACGGUGAUGGUGGUGCACACGAGGCGGGGAGAGAGGAGGGCGGAGGAGGGGAGCAGGGGGAGCAGGAGGAGAGGAUGGAGAUUGAUGUUGUUGAGGCGGUGGUGCGUGGGGCGACGGGUAACAUUGAUGUGAUUGUGCAGAACGACUCCAGUAGCACGGGCGUGCAUGCACGUGGUGGUGGUGCUCGGAAGAGCACAGGCUUGGGAGCGGCUGCUGGUGGUGGUGGUGGUGGUGGUGGUGGUGGUGGUGAUGGGAGUGGGAGUGGGAGUGAGGGGGAGGGGAGGAAGGCAGGGAGUGGGUGGGAGAGUGCAUUGGGGGGCAGGAGGCGGAGCAUGCGUGCCAGUGCUGUGCUCGCCAUGGCCAGGAUUUCCGCCGGAUCCAAGUCGGGAGCGAGGUCAGGCGGAGGAUCAGCAGGAGGGGCAGGUGAACCAGAGUAUGGAAAGGGCACAUUCCCCUGGUGUGUGAUGGAUCAGUGGUACUGGGAGUGGGGGCUCUAUGGCUGGGACGAUAGCUCCCAAGGGGGUGCCAGAGCGGGUGCUGCUGCUGCUGGUUCUGGUGGUGGUGGUGCGUCUGGGGGGAGUAUUCUGGGUGGGAAGAAAGGGAUAGGGAUUGGGACUGGGGGAAGACGGGGAGCGGGAGGAGGGACCAAGGGCGGUGCGAGUGGGGGAGGAAGUAAAGGGGGGGCGAAUGGUGAGGCGAAGAGUAAGGGAGUGGGGGAUGUGGCGUGUGGGAUCGGCGAGGAGAUGGACAUAGAUGGGGUGGCUGGGGCGGAAGGGAGUGCGGUUACCGAGGUUACUGUGGUUAAUGGAAGUACGGGAGUGACAGGGAUAGAUGUGGUUGCGAGGGAGGGAAGGGGCGGGAAAGGGAGUGAUGGGGCUCCAGUUUUAGACGAGAUAAGAGAGCAGCAGCAGAAGGAGCAGGGCGAGGAGAAGCAGAAGGAACAGCAGAAGGUGCAGCAGCGACAGCAGUUGCAGCAGCAAGAGGCGGCAGCACUAGAGGCAAAGUACAUCCUGCGGGGAGUUAGAGCCACGAAACAAACCGCCAAGGCAGCAGCCCCCCACCCAGGCAUGGUGGGCAGCCAUCCCCCUCCCCCUGCACGGCCCACACCCACUGCUGCUGCUGCUGCUGCUGCUGCUGCUGCUGCUGCUGCACCCACCGUUGCAGCAAGCACAUCUGAUGCAAGCACUGACCCAGCCACUGCCGCAACUGCUGCAGCAGCCACUGCCACAAGCACCUCCCUCCCACCCGCCCCCGUGGCCCCGCCGCCCCCCCCCUGCUCCGUGUGCAAGGCAGCAGAGGACGCCACGUGCCUGCUGUGCGACGCCUGCGAUGCCUGCUACCACCUGCGCUGCCUCAACCCGCCCGCUGAAGAGCCCCCCGCAGGGGACGAGUGGCUGUGCGAGGCGUGCGCGGAGGAGCAGUGGGAGCGGGGGAACGCUGUUGUGUUUGAGGAUGAAGAGCUGUGGGCCAGACGCCACAUGGUGGGCGCGGAUGCGGGGGGGAGGGGCUUGGGAGGCGGAAGAGGGGGGGAAGGGUUUGCGUGGGAGUAUGACUGGGAAGCAGAUGCGGAGGGGAGGGCGGGAGGGGCGAGGAACGGGGGGAUUGGGAGGGGAGGAGGGGAAGAGGGGAAGGGUGGUGGAGGAGAGAGUAGAGACAGAGGAGGAGAAACAGGAGUGGGGGGACGGGGAGGGGGGGAAGGGAAGGAGGGAGCGGCAGGGAGCAACGGGCAGCAACAGCAGCAGAAGCAGGAGGAGCAGGAGGGGGAGCAGGAGGGGGAGGGGGAGGGGGUGGCGGUGAAGAGGCGGGGGGGCAUGCGGCCGUUGAAGUCAGGGCCGGAGGGGCAGGGGCAGUGGUUGCUGCGCGGCGAGUGGCUGGCGGCGCAGGGGCACAUCCGCGUGGGCCCCAUGUUCCAGGCCGUGGUGGGCGAGUGGCAGGGGGCUGAGGAGAAGGCAGUUGCGGAGAAGAUGGAGAGGGAUGGGCGCGUGUUCAUCCCUUUGAGCAUCAAGGCUGCUCCCAACCUUGAGCCGACCAUCUCUGCUGCUUCUGCUUCUCUCCUUCCCACGCCCUUCUUCUUGUCCCUCCCCGCCCUGCUUCCUUCCGCUCCCUGCUUUGCGUCCCUCUCCUCCCCCCUACUUCCCCUGCCCGCCUGCGUGCCAUCCGUGGGAGCAGCGAGCGGCCUGUCAAGUGGCCCAUGGGCUGGCAGCCGCUGCGCAACCUGCCCGUGGCAGCGGAGGAGCGGUGGGAGCAGAGCAGGUCAUUGCAAGCAUACAACCACAUCCAGUCCUCCUUUGGACUCUCCCCCAACCCUCCACCACUUUCUCCUCGUCCCACUCCUUCUCCUAUCGUUCCCUGCUCCUUCUCUCCUCCUUCCCCUUUCCUUCCCCCUUCCUUUCCUCCUGCUUCUCCCGUCCUUCUCUCCUGUUCUCUUUCGCUCCUCCCCGGCUGUUCCCCUCACCCCCCAGAGCAAGUGGCCCAUGGGCUGGCAGCCGGUGCGCAACCUGCCGGUGUCGGCAGAGGAGCGGUGGGAGCAGUGCGAGGGGAUUCUGUACUAUGAGGGCGAUGUGCGCGCGGAUGGCAAGACUGCCCGCAGGGACGUGGAGUGCGGCAAGUGGCGCAGGGUGCCGAGUGGGUUUGAGGUGGAGGACAAGUUUGAGUGCUCGUGUGCGCUCACCUUCGACCCUCACCAUGCCGACUGCAUGGUGCCACAGGAGCUACCAAAGAGGGACUUGGAGAGGCGACUCAAGAUGAUAUCGGAGCUUAAAUUGCAGAAGCAGCAGCAGGGAGCGGAGAUGGGCGAGUGGAAGGAGCGGAUGGGCGAGCUGAGGGCGUUCAGGGCGCAGCACGGCCACUGCCACGUGGCGCCCAGGAGCCCCCUGGGCGUGUGGCUGCAGAAGCAGCGCAUGCUGCUGCGCCGCAACCGACUCUCACCCGUGCAGCGGGAGGAGUUGCAGCAGCUGAACGUGACGAUCAAUCUGGAGGAUGCACGGUGGGAGGAGAACUUUGCGGCUCUCGUGGAAUUCAAGCGCGACUACGGCCACCUCAACGUCUCCAACGCGCCACACGCUAACACUCCCCCUCCUCCCACCGCCGCUUCUGCUGCUGCUGCUUCUGCUGCUGCUGCUGCUGCUGCUGGUGAUGGUGCCAGUGCUGGAGCAGGGGCAGGGGGAGGGGGAGGAGGAGGGGGGACAGCAGGAGGAGCUGCUGCUGCUGGUGCUGUUGCUGCUGCUGCUGCUGGUGGUAUCAGUGGCGGUGGCGUUAGCAGCAGUGGUGGAGGCAGCAGUGGUGGGCAGCAGCAGGGAGGAGGGAGGCUGAGGCGGGCGCAGGACUUGGCGCGGCUGAGCCAGUGGGUGAAGGCGCAGAAGGCCAUGGCACAGCAGCCGUUCAAGGGGUAG